AUGAGCCAGCACUCCGGUGCGGCCUUGGUGGCCCCCUGGGACCCCUACCGUCACGCCUUCGAGGUUGGCAUCAUCAACCUCAAGGACAGCAUCGACCGUCGUGCCGUCCUGGCAAACACCAUCCCGCUCGAUUGCGAGGCAAUCGAGGCUCUCAGCACACACAUCUGGGAGACCAAGAUUGAGUUUGCGAGGGUCAUUCGCAACUUCCACGACCCCCUCGGGGCUGCCAUGCUGGCUGACCUGUUCCAGCGGCUGAUUGGCACCAUGCCCAAUGCCGAUGGGGUGAUCCCCUGA